CACUGAUGUGCGCUAAUGAGGCUGCAGUAAUGGGCACUGAUAGGCUGCACUGAUGGGCACUGAUAGGUGGCACUGAUGGGCACUGAUGAGGAGGCACUGGUAGGUUUCACUGAUGGGCAUUGACAGGCAUCACUGAUGGGCACUGAAAGGCAGCACUGAUACAUGGCACUGAUAUAUGGCACUGAUAGGUGGCACUGAUUGGCAUUGAUAGGUGGCACUGACUGGCACUUAUGGGUGACAUUGAAAGGCAGCUCAGAUGGGCACUGAUAUGUGGCAUUGAUGUGGCACUGGUGGCACUGAUGAGCACUUACAGAUGGCACUUUUGGGGCCACACUGAUCAUCAGGGCACACUGAUCAUCAGUGCCCUGAUGAUCAGUGUACAU